AUGCACGAGCGGGAGGGCGAUGUGGUUGUGAAGCUCUUCAUUCACAGGGAGGGCCAGCCGGACCUGAAGGAGUUGCAGCGCCGGAUUCAUCAGGUCAGAGAUGCUUUGCGCACGUCCUGGCUGCAUCCCAACGUUCUGCCCUACCAGGCCAUGGAGAUGUCUUCGCAGAGCUCGGUGCUGCUGCGGCAGCACUUCGUGCGCAACCUCAACGACCGCAUCCACACGCGCCCUUUCCUCUCCUGCGUGGAGAAGAAAUGGCUGGCUUUUCAGGUCAUUGCCUCCGUGUGCCAGGCGCACUCCGCAGGCGUCGUACAUGGCGACCUGAAGACAGAGAAUGUCUUCGUGUCAUCUUGGUCUCACGUCAUGUUGACGGACUUCGCUACCUUCAAGCCCCUGUUCCUGCCCCAGGACGACCCUUCGGAGUUCUCCUUCUUCUUCGAGUCUGACCGGAAUCGCCACAGGUGCUAUUUGGCGCCAGAACGCUUCGACUCAGGCGCCGCUUCCCGCGGCCGCUUCUCUAGGGAGCUGGCCUCGAUGGAUAUCUUCUCCCUGGGCUGUGUCUUGUCCGAGCUUUUCCAGGAUGGACAAACCCUGCUUGAUUUGCCUCAGCUUCGAGCAUAUCGCCUGGGUGGCGACAUCCGUGAGAAGCUUUCCGGGCUCAACCCGGACAUGCAGGAGCUGGUCUCAUCAAUGCUUAGCCGGGAUCCUUGCCUCCGCAAGUCCGGCAUCGAGUAUUUGCGCGACUGGUGCCGUAUCCUGCCGCGAUCCUUUUGCAGCUGCCUCUUCCCCCUUUCUGUUCUUCUGAUCCACCCUCUGUAUCAGCAGCCAGACAUGCGCGUUGCGCUCCUGCGACACAACUUCGCGGCCAUUGUCUGGUUGACAGCAGGGGCUCGCCAAAUCGGAGGUUCUUUGGGCAUCCGAGGAUCUGAAGAAGAUGCAAAUGUGUGGCAGGCUUGGCACCAGCACGUGUCCAGAGCCAGCAAUUUGGAUGGCGUCAUGCAUAGCGUCGUGAGCAACGCGCUGCAGGCGGCCUCGCAGUGCCAGGAUUGGGGCUUCGACGCAGAGGCCAAAGAGAAGGUUGGCACGCAUGGCUUUGUUCAGCCGCUGCUCAACGAGGCCACAGGUUCAGAGUUCACCACAAAGCUCUUCCAGAUGUGGGAGCAAGGGUGCGAACGUUGCGCCAACGGUGGCCAGAUUGAUGAGGGGGACCAACAGGACCACUCUGUCUAUGUGAGUUUUCUCGCAAGUCUUUGCCAGAAUUCGCCGGCAUCCAUGCCUGGAAGCGGCCAGCCAGGCGAAGAUGCUGAGGCGUUGAACAUAGUUUGCGGCCUGAUUGCCUCCUGCACGCAGCACGUGAUGGCUCCCAGGGCCAGGUUGGCAUGCCUGGAGAUGCUGCAGUUGCUGGUGCCUUUCUCAUCGCAGGACACGAUCUUGGAGCAGAUUCUGCCUUAUAGCCACCUGCUCAUGACGGACUCAGUGUCAAAGGUCCGCGCAAAGUCUGUUGAUGUUCUGUGCACCACCUUGGCAGAGGUACACCAUUUGCCUGCAAGCCACGCGCCGCUCUUCACUGAGUACAUUUUCCCACAGCUCAUGUCUAUGAUGAGUGGUAUGAGCAACGAGCCCGUGGUGCUGCUCUCGGUGGCGCGGAACAUCGGGGCGCUGGCCACUCACGCGAGGCGCUGUGCCGAGCUCACCGCCUCAACGCCGGCGCAGGGUCAGGAGGUGGUAGACACGUUUGAUGUGCAACUUCAGAACCUCCAGGAAGCGCUCAAGAAGAUUGUGAAGGCGCUUUUGGAGCUUCUGCCGAUGCAUUCUCCGGAGAGGAGCCAGGAGGAGCUCUUGAUGAGCCUGAGCGUGGGCCGUGAGGUCAAGAUCGGGUUGCUCCGAAACAUGUGCGUGCUUGCAGAUUGCUUCGGUCGGGAGGGGACUCACAACUUCCUGCUGCCGUACCUCAUUUCCUUCAUGAAUGACCCGGCCUGGGAGGUCCGUGCGGCCUUCUGCGCGGAGGCGGCGCUGCUGCCGCGACGAGUGGGGCAGGUCUCUUUGGAGGGAAUCAUUUGGCCCUGUUAUGAGCAAGCCCUUUUGGAUCAGGAGGAGCGCGUUCUGGAAGCAGCGCUGCUGGGCUUGACCAAGUUGGUCGCGCAGCAAGUGCUGCGUCGGCAAAGCCUGGUGACUGUGGCCAACAAGGUCGCAGCGCUGUUGGUGCACCCCUCCGAGCAAAUUCGCAGCUACGCCAGCCAGGUGGUGGAAGCAUUGGCAGCAGAGCUGACAGAAGUGGACCAGUAUGUUUUCCUCCUGCCGGCAGUUCGCCCGUAUUUGCUGGCGAACAGCCACAACUUCCGGGUUCCGCUGAGCCUGGUCGAGCCUUUGCCGCGGCAGCGCUUCAAAGACCUGUUGAACGAGGAGGUCCCCCAGACCACGGACAGGGCCUGGGAGCUGCUGCGGCCGUAUUUGCAGCCGCUGCUGCGGUCUCGGCCCAGCCGCGGAAGUGGAUCCACCUUGGAAGCGCCGCAGCACCUGACCGCUGGGAAGGUGCAAUGCAUCCAAUACGUGACGGUGAACCCCCACUGCGCAGCUAGUCAAAGCUUGGCAGCCUGCGCUGAGGCCAAGUCCAGCGACCACCACAGCUGGAUGCCGCUGAUGCCCCGAGGUCUUCAGCAUCCCCUGGGCUUCCUGUCUCUGCAGGCCUACCUGGUCAAGGCCUUCUGCCUGCCUCCGAAGCUCUGCGACCUGGGCGCGCUGAGCUUCCUGGACGGCACGCCGUACUCAAUGUAUGCACUGCCCUCGGCGUCUACCUCCACAACCUUGUCUGUGCGGGCAGAGAUCGUAGAAGGCGACCGCGGGCCCAUGCUGCAAGAGUCCUUUGGGAGCAUGCACAUGCAGGAUGCAGAGUUCUCUGUGGACGCCGUGUCCAUGGCUGGCAGCGACAGGGCCAGUCCAGCGCCAGCCUUUCGGGGCUUGUGGCCGCGCUACGAAGGUGCCGAGGCCUCCCAUGGCUCUCCGAACCAAACUUGGAGGCCACGGGGGCAGCUGCUGACGACGCUCUACGAGUACGCGCAUCAGAGUGGAGUGCCUGUGGUCAAAGCCGAUACCACUGACGACUCCCGUGUGCUCGUGACAGGGGGACGGGACGGAACAGUGAAGCUGUGGAGCUGUGCUCAGCUGGAGUCCGACACCGCACCCGGCUCUGCCUACAGCGCUACGGUGUCGAGGAGCUCGGGCUUGCGCGCACUGCGCACCAUCCGGAACUCCAAGGCCUUUGCCGUGGGCACCUCGGACGGCGAGGUCUUGCUCUACAAGGUGGAGUCCAGCCGCAGCGGCGCAAAACUGUCACAGGCGGCGCAGUGGUGCCAGGCGGGAGCGGUGAUGUGCAUCGAGCAGUUUGACACUGAGCUGGAGUCCCUUGUCAUCUUUGCGCAGGAGCACGGAGCGCUGCGGGGCUGGGACCUGCGGGGCCCGAAGGACGCCUGGGCUUUGCAGCUGCCUUGGCUGGGUGUCCCGAGCUCCGUGGCCCUGGCCAGGGACGGCUUCGGGGCCGUGGUAGGCACCACAGGCGGGGGUCUGCUGGUUUACGACCUUCGCUUCCUCACGCCUCGGAAGUACUGGAAGGUGUCAUCUCGAGCCAGCAUCAUGGACAUGAGGAGCGCUGAAGUUGGCUCCUCGCAGGGUGUGUUUGCCGCUUUGUCCUCCCGCUGCAACGAGGUUGCCCUGUUCGACAUCUCGCAAGGAUCUUGCCUGACUCUCUUCCUGACAGACAAGCCCAAAGAGGCUUUGAGCAUACCGAGUUUGGUGGAGGUUCCUGCAGGCGCUGCAGUCGACGUGCCGCUGUCAGGUAUCCAACGAGACGGGGUGCGCUCACUGUGGCUGCCGCCACGGGGCGCGCAAACCUUCCUCCUUGCAGCGGGUACGGAUCGCAAGGUUCGCCAUUGGAGCCUGGAUCCUGACCGGCCUGCGCAGGCGUAUGUCGUCACGGCGGAUUCCGGAGAGAGGCCGACGUACACGUCGAAUCAUCUGGGGGACGUGUUUGUGGUGCAGGAAGGGCCCUGCGAGGCCCAGGAUGGGCAAGCGUCGCCGAGUCCGAACCACCGGGAUGCCAUCCUAGACAUGUGCACCAUCUCCCUCCAGCAGGACAUCCUGGUGACCGCGGGCAGGGAUGGCCUGGUGAAGCUUUGGCGGUGA